CCUUCUCCUCCUCGUCGAAUCAUCUCAUCACCCGUACCUCCUAACAUCCUCUCAACAUGCAGCUUCGCAACUUCUCUCUUCUGCCCCUCGUGGCUCUGGUCACUCUGAUGCUGAGCGCGGCAUCGCAGGUGCACGCCUGGAACAAAGCGACCCGGCAGCUCGAGGGACACGUCGAGUCCAUGAACGGCCACAUUAAGACUUUACACUCGUCGUUUGUUGCAUACCUCGGCGGUGACCUUGGUCAGACUGGCACCGCUGUGGAAGCUCUGGGCAACCUGACCACCGACCUUCACUCUGCUUCUAACGACUUGUCCGUCUUUGAGAUCAAGAUUCAGGGAGAAGACGUCAAGGAUAUCCUCGCCGAUCUCCAAGUUGGUCAGACCGAAGUCAGCAAAGUCGUGAAUGCUCUCAUCGGAGCCAAGGAGCUUCUGAAAUCGAGCCAGAACGACUUCUUCAUCAAGCAAUUCUUGCCCCCACUCGGACGCGCCUUCAACAGCUUCUCGACUCUCGUGGCUAUUCAGGCCGACAAGAAGUAUGCCGAUGCCUUGGACAAGACUUCUUCCGGAACCGUGGCUUGGAUCAACUUUGGUCUUGUCAGCUUCGGCUUGGCUCGCAUCAGCGCCGACUGGCUCCCAAGCUUUGGCCCUGCUCCCUGCGACAGCUACAACGAGGACAAGCAGCACUGCAAGAAGGUCGCGCUGGCUCCUCUGAAGAAGCGUGGUCUGGCUCCCGAGAUUCGUGCUGACCGCAUGUGA